AUGUACCCGACCAGAUCUCAGACCAUGUACGAAGAUGAGAUGUACGAUCCAGGAUCCUUGUUCCCUAUCUCGACGUUAAUUCCGGUGACUAUCAUCUGCAUUUUGCUGUUUAUCGUUGGCGUCACUGGGAACACCAUGACCAUUUUGAUCAUCAGAAAGUACAAGGACAUGAAGACCACCACCAACCUCUACCUCUCCAGCAUGGCUGUCUCUGACCUGAUCAUAUUCCUUUGCCUGCCCUUUGACCUCUACCGCCUCUGGAAAUACAUUCCAUGGAUAUUCGGAGAGGCCAUUUGCCGCUUGUCUCACUACAUCAAUGAAGGAUGCACCUAUGCCACCAUCUUACAUAUCACUGCCCUCAGCAUCGAGCGAUACUUGGCCAUUUGUUUCCCGCUAAAGGCUAAAGUGUUUGUUACUAAAAGGAGGGUGAAAUGUGUGAUUGGCUUCCUGUGGACAUUCUCACUAGUGUCCGCCGCCCCGAUGCUUUUCCUUUUCGGGGUAGAAUAUGAAAACAACACAGAUCCUGACACUGGCACCAGGCAGUGCAAGUACACUUCAUACGCUGUGAGCUCUGGGCUCCUGUACACCAUGAUCUGGGUGUCCACCAUCUAUUUCUUUUUCCCCAUGUUCUGCUUAUCUUUCCUCUAUGGCUCCAUAGGCAGAAAACUGUGGAAAAGCAAGAAUGAAAUCCGAGGACCCAAUGCUGCUAACAGAGAAAGGUACCACAGACAGACUGUCAAUAUUUUGGCUGUUGUCGUUUUGGCUUUUGCAGUCUGCUGGUUGCCUUUUCACAUUGGGAGAAACAUUUUUAUUCACGUCGACAAUUACCUUGCGGCUAAAUUCAGUCAGUACUUCAACAUGGUCUCCAUGCUGCUGUUCUACCUGAGUGCCAGUAUCAACCCGGUCCUUUACAACCUCAUGUCCAGGAAAUACAGGGCUGCUGCCUCCAGACUGCUUCUCAAUAAACAAUCCAGCCAGAGGUCUUUCUCUGCUACCAGGGAGUACACUGCAGCCUGCACCGAGACCAGCACAGGCGUUUAAAAAUGCGGGAAAAGAUAUUUCCACGGGUACUUGCUAACAGCACCAAA